CAUCAUGGUCAGUUGGUCACUCUCCUAUAAAUAUAUUCUGUGCACACAUUUAUUCUUUCUCAACCAAUCUCCUCUGUAGCCAAACAUGAAAGAAUCAAAGCCCUGGAAGCCCUUUACAGCAAACUGCUGUUCAGCUGAGGAUCACACAAUUUUUCGCAAUUUUAGCAGGUGCAGGACUUCGCGGUCUGAUUUUUCUAAAAAUGUUGCUCCAAUGCCAUCUUUUCGCUUGAUUUCUGUUUCAGAUAUAAGUCGGACUUCUUCUAGUCGGAUUAAUGAGGAUUUGAUGCAGACUUUUGGCCAGGAUUUGUUUGAUUUUCAGUUGACUGAGUUGAGGGCUAUAACACAGAAUUUUUCGAGCAGUUUUUUGUUGGGGGAAGGGGGGUUCGGGACAGUUCAUAAGGGUUAUGUGGAUGAAAAUAUGAGGGCAGGAUUGAAGGCUCAAGCUGUUGCUGUUAAGCUUCUUGAUAUCGAAGGACUUCAAGGUCACAGAGAAUGGCUUGCGGAGGUGAUAUUUCUGGGGCAGCUCAGGCACCCGAACUUGGUUAAACUGAUUGGAUAUUGCUGUGAAGAUGAGGAACGACUUCUUGUAUACGAGUUCAUGCCUCGUGGAAGCCUGGAGAAUCAUUUGUUCAAGAGGAUAUCUGUUUCAUUGCCAUGGGGAACAAGAUUGAAGAUUAGCAUUGGAGCUGCCAAAGGCCUGGCUUUCUUGCAUGGUGCUGAGAAGCCUGUCAUUUACCGCGACUUCAAAACCUCAAAUAUCCUCCUUGAUUCUGAGUUCAAUGCAAAAUUGUCGGAUUUUGGACUUGCAACAAUGGGACCGGAAGGAUCAGAGACGCAUGUGACUACUCGCGUAAUGGGGACUUAUGGAUAUGCAGCUCCUGAAUAUGUUAGCACAGGACACUUGACUACAAAGAGUGAUAUUUAUAGCUUCGGAGUUGUCCUGCUUGAAUUACUAACUGGACGACGAGCCAUGGAUAAAACUAGAGCGAAAACAGAGCAAAACCUUGUCGAAUGGUCAAAGCCUUACUUAACUAGUAGCCGGAGGCUACGCUACAUCAUAGAUCCUCGACUUCUAGGACAAUAUUCAGUUAAAGGAGCAAAAGAAAUGGCAAAUUUGGCGCUACAUUGUGUGAGUCUGAACCCGAAAGAUAGGCCAAAAAUGCCUCAAAUCAUCGAAACACUUGAAGCAGUGCAGCCACUGAGAGACAUGGCUGUGACUUGCGGCCACUGGCCAGUUUCUCCGAAAACAGGACGGAAUGUUAGCAAUGGAAAUAAUUCAAUGAAGAAGAAAGAGUCUCCAGUUUUCGUCAAUCGCAGGGCAUAAUAUGUAAUUAUAAAGUACUGAUGAAGAUGUAAAAUAAUGUAACUAAUGUUGCCUGUGUAAAUUAUAAUCUGUAUACAUAUGAUCUGCUCUUAUCUGCAGAUUCUGUUAAACUCUAAGCUCCUUUGAAAGUUUACAUAUCUUGUAAAAGUUGAGUCUAUUUUCACCGAAUUUUUCUCUUCAGAGUUAAGGGUCUUCACGGAAA